AUGGAGGAGGAAAAGAACACCCAGCUGGCCUUCCUUUAUGUCUUCAUCUGUGGCAAAGAUUGUGGUGACCUAAAGACUAAAGUAUUUAGGAAGGCGACAAACAAGAUCUCUCCGGCCAAAGAGUCCGAUGGGCGCGUACGUGUUCGAGGCUCCUGUUGCAGACGUCUGCAUCUUUUCAGUCGCGGUUGCCCCAAUGAUACUUUACUGGUGGACAUUAAGGGACCGCCGGGCGCCACCUUCAAAGUCCGUCUCAGUACUCGCACCAGUCCCCUGCAUCGCAUCUCCGGUUAUCCUCAAGUACCACCGGAUCACAAGGUACACGUCUGUCGAUUGGACGAGGAGAAGGUGAGGACGGAAGGCAGAACAGUCCCCCAGCUGGAGCUCAGCUGGCCUCCGACAGAACACAGUGAAGAGCAGCAGACUGUCUACUGUGUGGCGAUAAAUGACCGAGAAAGUCUGCUCCACCAGUGCUCCGCUGCAACGCGACUGCAUUCCCCCAGUGGCCGACUGCACCCGCAAGCGCGGUUUGACCAAAGCUACCUUCUGCGGCCCGCCGUCUUUGGCAAGACAGCAGCACUCCGGUCGGCACCAAUCAGAAACUACAUAUAUUCAUGUACCAAUGCUACUGAGUUGAGGGUAACCCUACCCGAUCCCUUGGCCAGACGUCUAAGUUCCUUAGACAAGGAGGGACAACUCUUCAUAAAUGUCUACGCAGUGAAUCAGGACUCUCAACUGAGCACAUCCUACCCCGCGGUAGUCCUUGGACCCCGAUCGCCACUGGACUACUGCAAUGCUCCCGCCCGCGCCCGCAAAGCGCAUAUGCCCAUGGAGGAUCGCCUGUCUACCCAGCUAACAGUCCACAAUCUGCGCUGGCGCACCGACCUCGAUUUUGACCUCCCCGUGGGCAACCUCCAGUUGCUGUUCCAACCUUGCCUUUUGGGCGAUCGGCCCUACCUGGUGCAAGUCUACCGGCAGGCUCCCAUCCAUAAGGAGCGUAACAACAUUGGCGUACCUGCAUGUCAACUGGUAGUGGACCGCGGCCACAGUGUCCAGCUCUGCACCUCUAUUUCGCCCGGUUCAUACCGAAUCCACGUCUCCGAGACCAGAAGCCCCAACACCUCCUACUCCUCAUCAGCGUAUUCCGCCGGUUCUUUCGUUCUCAGCCAGCGCAUUGGUCGCGUGUUCUUUGUUCCACCGGAUCUCAGUCCCCUUCCACAGCGACCUCGGCAUGCAAGUGAGUAA